ACACCUGUUCCCUUGCAUUUAUUAGAGGUGCAGAAGUUCGACCAAGCAGUGACACCAAUGGACAUGAGCACAAUUUUCAUUUGACUCUGAGCUCUUUCAUGAAGUCAAUCAAUGAACAACGAUGGAGAGAUUUCCGUCAAUCAUAUUUCAAGCGGUGUUCAAUUCAUUUAUUUAUUCAUUGAUUUUCUUGGCUGGCCCGGGAAAAAUCGAUUUUACCCUCGCACAACAAACUCACCACUCCCGUUCUUCCAACGGGAAUUCGACUGUCGCCAUCCCAAGUACUUCAGCGAUCAACGCAGCUACCACCCUGUUCGAAUGGGCGGCUGGUCCGUGGGGCGAAUGCGGGGGCAAAGAAAACACUAAUUUCUGUGGACAAUCUAGAGAUGUAUUUUGUGUUUAUAUCGGUGAAAUAAGAACUCAGGUGCCGUUUUAUUUCUGCGAUGGUAUUCCUCGACCGUUGAAAUACCGACAAUGUCUUCCUUGCCCCGAAAACUGUGUCGUUGGCCCAUGGGGUGUGUGGUCGGAUUGGAGUGGGACCUGCAAGCCAGCAAAUCGCUACCGGACGAGGACGGUACUUCGUGCCCCGAGAUUUGGGGGAAAGGAGUGUGGUGAAUUGUCUGAAACUCAGCGGGAUGAGGAGCUGCCGGAUUGUCGAGUUGAGUUGACGAUGCCGGUUUUUAAAUGGAGGAUUGGGGAGUGGACGAGCUGCCGACAGCCUUCGAGCGCUGGUCCAAGUUCCUGUGCAGUUGGACAGAGAUACAGACAGGUCGAUUGCGUGGAUGACAUCGGAGAGACCGUAGAAGGCGAAAGAUGCUUACAGAAUGGUGAAUCGGGAGUUGAAAACAGUCUCCAAACUGUAAACUUCGAGCCACCCAGGCAGGAGAUCUGCACGGUCCCCUGCGAUUGCCUCGUCUCCCUGUGGUCAGCAUGGGGUGAAUGCUCUGUGACCUGUCAUGACCCCAUCUCUCAAGAGGUCGGAGGUCACAGGAUGAGGACGCGAAGGGUUCUGAGGGCAGCUUCAAAUGGGGGGCUCCCAUGCCCCCCUCUGACGGAUCAUCAGCCUUGCUUGAUUCAAAACAUGACAGCGUGUCCCCAGUACGAAUGGUAUCUCCAGGACUGGCAGCAGUGCAGAGUAACCCAGAAUUCGAGUGCCCCAUGUGGGGCUGGUAUUGAGACUAGGCAAGUCUUCUGCAUUGAUAGCAGGAGCGACGUACUGUCACCAGUAGCUGAUGAAUUCUGCUUUAAUUCUGAUUCCACAAGCAUAUUCAAACCUGUCGCCAAUCGGGCCUGCUACCUGGACUGCCCGGUGGACUGUGAAGUCGGCCACUGGACUCACUGGUCAUCCUGUACCAAGAGCUGCGGUGAGGGCGCCGUUCAGAUGCGCUACCGAGAAGUGCUGGUGGAGACGCUGUUUGACGGCCAGGAGUGCCCACCGCUUGUUGAACUGAGGGCGUGUGAAGCUAUUGAGUGUGCAUGGUGGCAUGUCGGUCGAUGGACGAAGUGCUUCCUGAACCGUGGCUACGACGACUGCGGGCCUGGCACCCGCCACCGAGCGGUAUACUGCAUAAACGCCCUCAACAGACGCGUCGAUGCGUCGUUCUGCGCUGGCAAGACGAAGCCGGAUAGACAGGGAACAUGUCGCGUACCUUGCGCCGAAGACUGUGUAGUUAACGAGUGGUCUGAUUGGGGGGAUUGUUCGGUGUCCUGCGGGCCUAACGGAGGUGUAAGGAAAAGAACUAGGAGAAUCGUAGCCUACCCAUUCAACAAAGAUUUGAACCCCUGCCUCCCGGAGGACGAAUUGACCCAGACCAAACCAUGCAACCUCCACGUAUCGUGUCAUUCCUACUCCUGGCAGGCCACGGCAUGGGGAGAAUGUCAACUGAAUGCAACAGCCACGUGCGGAGAAGGAGGUCCUGAAGAGGAAGGAUGUCUGAUGAAUGGAACGGCGAGCUGCGGAGAAGGGAUCGGAUACCAGUCACGGAGCGUGGUCUGUGAGGAGGAAACCGGGUUGGUUGCUUAUCCCAGCCAAUGUGAUGUUUGGUCUGAGCCAGCGAAAUCCAGGCCUUGCGAUCAAGCUUGUCCGCAGGACUGUGAACUAAGCCCAUGGAGUACCUGGUCCUCCUGCAGUGCUUCAUGUGGUCUACAUGCCAUGAGGACCAGGACUAAGCAUGUUUUGACUCUAACAGCCAAUGGCGGGCUCACUUGCCCCCAGGAGACUGAUGAAAAUGGUAUCAUUACCCAGUUCACACCAUGUAUUGACAUCGAGCCUUGCUAUACAUUCCAAUGGGUUACUGGUGGCUGGUCAGCAUGUCAGGUCAUCGGGUCAAGCUGCGGGAAGGGUCUACAGACCAGGGAGGUCCACUGCGGCCGUAGCGACGGUCUGGUGGCCGAAGAUGGCAUGUGUCUUCAGGAUUUCAGGCUGCCCCCACCCACCCCUACCCAGCGAUGCUACGUACCCUGUGGUGGGGACUGCCUGCUCUCGGAAUGGUCAGAGUUUGGUCCGUGCCAGAGCAAUUGCGGCACAGAAUCCUUCAGAAACUUUUGUAGGAUGAGAACGAGGGACAUCGUUGGCGUCUCGAUGACGGAUAGCUUGAGUGAGCUAUGUCCUCACAUAGCAGACAGUGAUCUUCAUGAAUUCCUGUCCUGCGGCUUGCAAUCAUCCAUCUACUCCUGGACCUUCGGACCUUGGACAACCUGCCUACUACCUGAAGGAAUGCAAUGUGGAGCUGGAAAGCAGAGUCGAGCGGCAAUCUGCAUCAGGAACGAUUACGUCCAGGUCGCUGACCUCUUCUGUCAGUCUCUCGACCCAUCCCAGACCGGACCCUUGCAAGAACACCCCUGUACCGUCCAGUGUUCCAUCGAUUGUGAGGUCACUCAAUGGUCAAACUGGUCAUCAUGCUCACAGGCUUGUGGUCAAGGAGAGAGGACGCGAACGAGAGAAAUAAUGGUGAAUCCAGUCCAGGGAGGUAGAGCCUGCCCUCUAUUGACGGACACACAGAUGUGCUUCGAGAGAUCAUGUGACCUAAUAGAAUGGGAGAUUUCAGAGUGGGCGCCCUGUCUACCUACAGAUCUGAAGACUAAUUGUGGAGCAGGAACUCAGUCCAGAACCAUAAAUUGUCCAGCAGGCGUUGGGAACGAAAGCUUGUGUCAAGGGAGAACACCAAGGCCGCCUCUGACGCAGGCUUGUCAUUUACCCUGCCAAGGUGAAUGCGUUUUCAGCGAGUGGUCCGCAUUUACAAGCUGCAGUCAGCCGUGCACGAGCGCCAAAAAAUCUCGGAGCAGGAUCGUGAUUCGCCCUGAUGCCGAGCUGCAGCCUUGCAUACCAAUCAGGCAGACUGAAGCCUGUUCUCAGGUGGAUUGCUUAGCAUCGGUCUUCACGCUGGCUACGGGAGAGUGGAGCACUUGCAGGCCCAUCCAGGGAGAGUGCGGGAGAGGAACCCGGUUCCGAACUCUUAACUGCGUCAACGCUGCCAACAUCCCCGUGACCAUGGACCGCUGCCAACACGCAAACAUCACGACCCAUGAAACAUGCAUGGUUGAAUGUCCAAUAGAUUGUCAACUUGGGGCGUUUACACCAUGGUCAUCUUGCAGCGCGAUCUGUGGGACCAAUGGCAUCACGUUCAGGACUCGGAAGAUCGUCACCAGGUCCUCCGGGCACGGUCGGAGAUGCCAGGAUGCACAUAGCCUCAAUGAGACAAGGCCUUGCAACAUCAAACCUUGCUUCACCUAUAUGUGGUACAAAGGAAACUGGAGCGCCUGCCAAUUUGAUACCAAGGCUGGUUGCGGAGUCGGACAAGAGAUGAGACUCGUUGAAUGCCAACGCAGUGAUGGACUUACGGUAGACUGGGAAUAUUGCUAUCUGAACGCUUUGAACAAUGAUGUGGUCAACCCACUUGGAUCUGCUUUCAACCGGUCUGCUCUGGAUCUAGCCACUUCUCGCAAGUGUACCACUUGGUGUCCAGGGGAUUGUCUGGUGUCAGAAUGGUCUCCGUACUCAUCUUGUACUGGUAACUGCUUCAACUCCAGUAUCAGUGGUCAGAAGACGAGGGUGAGAGUUGUUACCAGUCCACCAGUGACGGGAGGCAAGCCGUGUACCACCAAUCUAAUCAGUUCAAGAUCUUGCCCAGCUGUAAGCGCUAGCUGCCCUGUGUUUAGAUGGGCAGUAGGAAAGUGGGAUAAAGCAACACGAUCUAGAGACAUCUGGUGUGAGACAUUAGAUGCAAGCGGUAACAUCCUGAUUGUAGAAGGGGGCUGUGACGAGACCGUGAAACCCCCUCCAUCUUUAGACUGUGUCCCUGACUGCACCUCUCUAGGGAGCUACUGUGAUAACGGUGUCUGCAAGUGUUCUUCAGGAUUUCUUGGAAAUGGGAGAACCUGCUAUCCUUCUGUCGGGUGUAUAGUAGAUGACCAUUGCCCCUUCCCACACACGAUGUGCAGUAAAGAAAGAGCAUGCAUUUGUCAACCAGGUUACUACUCAGUCGAUGGUAUGUUAAAGUGUGUGCCCGAAGAUGUCAUAGGCACAACAUCAGGAGGGAUAGAAACCAACGACGCUGAUUCAAACACGAGCCUUUAUCAUGCCAAAAGAGGCACAUGGAAGUGGGUAGUUGGUGCUGUGUGCAUGGGUGUUAUGAUAUUAGCAGCUAUUCUAUGUGGAGUAUUAGUCUACCGGUUUUACCAUACAGGGGAGGUCCAUUUUGAGCCAAUACCAAACUUAACAAACUACAGAAGAUCACUCAGGAGUAGCAUGAAGACAAGAAUGUUGGAAGAAACCACAUGCUGACAGAGAUUCAGAAAUCCACAGUGUUAGAUUUAAUAUGUAAUCAUCAUGAUAAUAUUGAGUGCACACACCGUCCAGAGACGCUCAUGGCGCUAGCCCAGCAACAGUUCCUUUGGAUAUAUAUAUUUAUAUACAAACAACAAAGUAAAAACGAUAUCUUAACAAAUACCACUGAAUACAUAAAUUUUAAAAAGAACAGUUUUGCAUCACUCACCGGAAUUCCUAGCUACAUUCGGUGGGGCCUGUUGCCCUCCUAAUUGCUGCUCCGUUCACCAACAAUUUAAGGGGCAAGCCCGGUCAGCUCAGAACUCACAGGAGCUCUAGCAUAUAAGGGCACCAGCCCUCAUAGGAAGCCAGUCAGACCAGUGAGUGAUGACCAAACAAGAUUUAGAGUGUACUUUACAUGUAUACAAAACUAAUUUCUGAUAGAUCUGGAUUAAGUUGUCGAAGUACUUUAAAGGUUAAAGAAAUAGGUCUUAAGAUGCACUUUAAAAGUGUCAUGCAGUUUAAUGCAGCAGAGUGACAGAGGUAGUUGAUUCCACAACUUAGCCGCAGCAUGUGAGAAGGACCUAUCCCCCCAGGAAUGUUGGGUACGAGGAAUUAGAAGUAAACUGUCUCUUCCGGAUCGUAAAGUACAAGUUGGAUUGUACAGAUGUAGCUAUCUUUAGUAUAUUGUGGCGGCAUCCCAUGAAUGGCUCGGUGGACAAGUAACAUGAAUUUAAACUUCCCAAAGGAGAAACAUGAUAUAGUUAUGUUUCAAAACAUGUUAUUCAUGAGGUAUUAUUUUUUGACAUACCAAAAAUGAUUUGUCACAAUAUCUUUGUUUACACUUUGCCAGGGUAAACUUAUGCCUAUCAGAACCAAAUGGUCCUUUUACCAAUUUAUGGGAAGGAUAGAAUUUAAUUAUUAAUGGGUUGAUUUCUCAAAAUUUGAAGAAUCUUUUCAGAGUUUGUGACUAUUCUGUUUUACUAUAUUAUGGUGCUACAGUUAAUUUAUUACAAUAUAUAUAUCUUAUGAUGCAGAGAAUGAAAAAUAUUUUUAAAACAUUAUUUAUUCCAGCUUAGGUAGAUAGUAAGCAAUGUGGUGCUAUUUAUAGUAUAUAUGAUUUUUUACUUUAUUUAUUUCAGAUUAUUAUGUUUAAAAACAUAUCUAUAUUUUUAUCAUAAUGUAAUAUUGGAGAGCUGUAAAUGUAGAGUGCAUAGAGCAAUUUCGAUUGAUUAUGCGCUAUAUAAGCACCCGUUUAUUAUUAUGAUUAUUUUUUCCCCAUUUGUGUAGUUUCAUAUAUAUGAUAGAAUAGUGCAAUUUGUGUGGAUUAACUCAUGGUUUCUCCCCAAGCCUUCCAGACAUGUCGUUGCUGCCUGGGCAGUUAAAAACUUUUGUGUCAAAAUUCAAAAAAAAAUUAGGCCAGAUCAGGGAAAAGCUGAAUUUCAGAAAUGUGGCAAAUCCAUAUUUUGUAAUACAGUCUUAAUAAUUCCUAUGGAACGCUCUUUCUAGGCCAAAGAAUGUGCCACUAAUGUCAUUAAUAAAAAAUGUGGCUUUUUCAGAGCUGUCUUGUUUUUUUUCACAUUUUGUCUUAGUGUUUUACAAGGUUUUACCACUCCGAGCGGCAAUGUGAUAUGUUAUAGUGUCUCUGAAGUAGUAUGGAUUACACUCGACUUCACUCUUUGCAAACUUUGCAUUUUCAGUCUUAAAGUCUGUGAGAUUUUCAUUGCAAACUUUGCAAUUUCAGUAGUGAAGUUUGCGAUAUUUGUGCAAACUUUGUAGAUUUAGCCGUGAAGUUCGCGACUUUCGUUACAAACUAAAAUUGCAAAGUUGCUAACUUUGCGACUGAAGUCAUUGUCAUUUGUGUGCUCAAUUGUACUUCAGAGGCACCAUACUAUUUGUAGUAAAUAUUUGUAUGUAUAGUAGUGAAUAGUGUGUAUACUUCAGUAGUCAGCUGCAGGCAGUUGGGUUUUUGUACAUUGCUAAUGAGUUAUUAUGGCAAUAUUUAGAGAGUUGUUUUUUCUGAGAAAUUGUAUUUGUACCCCUCUUCCCCCUCCCCCAAGUUGUACUUUUAAAAGGCACGAUCAUGAAAACCUGAGAUUUAAGUACCAUACCUUUUUCUGUUGUUUGAUACCAUAUGUAUGUGUACGAUUAUAUCUUGUGUUGUUUUGUAAAUGUACAGUGUAUGUAAAUAUAUUAACGUUAUGGAUAAUAAAGUAUAUGCAUAGUAGAUGAAUACAA